AUGCCAGAAACACGACCUCGUCAGAGCAGCAUUGGCUCUAGACGCCGACCUCCGAAGGCGCAUAUACCCUACAGAGGUGAUUCCCUCGAAGUUACGAGGAAAACCGGCGUCAAGGUCGCGCACGACCCAGAUUCAGAUGGCUUCGAAACAUACGAGCAUUUCGCUCAGCAAGCAGAUAAAAUCACACCAUAUAAGAUCAAAGAUUCGAAGAAGAAGAAGAAAGGCAUUUCUCCGGACCCAGAGCCCCAAGAGGAGGAGGGUGACUCUGACAUGGAAAUCGACAGCCCAAUCCACUACAUAGCCAACUCCAGACAACCCAGCUCCCCCAUUUCCAGACGAACGAACUCGAUGUCUCGACCCGUGGCACGAAACUCUGCCAAUCAGUUUGACGAUGUACCAUCACCUCACACCCGUUCGCAUAACAAGUUACGCCACAGCAAUAUUAGUGCUGGACGCUCUCGUCUCUCUCAGCGAGUCAUGGUCAACGACGAUGAUCCAAUAUCGACCACAACACAUGGCACAAAUGGUUUCGCAGAUAUGUCCCUCGAUAUUGGGUUCCCCGACGAUUUAUCUAUAUCACACCGAAGCUUCACCGAAUUGGAUCGAGAUGCUAUGGAAGAUGAUGAAAUGGAUGGCGUUGUGGACGAACUACCCAUUCCAUCGCCCAAGCGCAAGAAGGGGAACCCUCCCUCGUCAGAUGACCCUCCUGCUCAGUCUCCUAAGCGAAAACGAGGGCAGGCUAUCGAGCGAACAACAUCCCCUGAAGAGCCACCACCAAGGACACAGACGCCUGACGCUGAGGAUGAGAUUCAACAGCAACUUGAAGAUCUCACCAACGGUAAUGAGUCUAUCGGUGAACAAGAAGAAGUCCAGGAGGACGAAGAAGAAGAAGCGGUUGCAUCGAAGAAGUCCAGGAUGGAUAAAGGGAAAGAGAAGCAGAAGGAGAAGGGACAAGCAAGGAAGAAGGAAACUCAUCGCGAAGGUGUGCGCCGCAGUCAACGAAGACCUAUCAGACCACUCGAGUGGUGGAGAAACGAGAAAUAUGUGUAUGAACGGCCUACGCAUGGCACCAUCCUUGUACCUCACAUUAAAGAAAUCAUUCGAAUACCGGAGGAACCGAAGGAGCCUUUAGGCAAACACCAUAAGCGGAAGCGCGGUAGAAGUAAGACCGUUCAACCUGCGGAUGACCCCGAAGAAGGUUGGGAUGAUGAUACAAAUGCUGUAGUCAGUGUGAUUGAUUGGAAGACGAAAGAACCUAAGGACAAACGAAUAAUCUGUCUUGCCAAGGAUAUCAAACCUCAUCGCGCUGCCAACAGCGAAUGGGCAUACCAACGGAUUUUCGGCGACGACAAUUUCACAGCUUCUGGUCACCUAACCAUCCCAGUGCACGGAAGAAAACCGACUAAGACUACCAAAGAUAACACCUAUACCUUUUAUCUUAUUCAAGGCGCCAUCAAUCUGAAAAUACACGAGACGAGUAGCAUUUUGUGUACUGGUGCUCAGUUCAUGGUCCCUCGAGGAAACACAUAUUUCAUCGAGAACAUCGGCGAUCGCGAGGCGAAGCUUUUUUUCGCGCAGGCUCGCCAAGAGCCAACAGCUGAAAACCCCGAGUCUCCACGCAAGCCAAACACUCUGCCGCGUACCUCAAGUGUUGCGGGAUUGUCAAAGACUCCUCCGGCGACCAAGAGAGCUACUACAACUGGGGUUUGA